CCAACCACCAUGACUUCUUCAACAAUCUCUCUCGAUGCGUCAGAGCACCCAGUCAAGUCCGUGACCAUCUUCCAGUCGUCGACGGCGGAGCUGAAGCGCACCUUCACCAUCGACUUGAAGGCUGGCAGCAACGUGGUGAAGAUCUCGAACAUCUCCAGCCAUGUUGAUAGGGAAUCGCCUAGGAUCCAUGGCCUAGGAACCGACGCACGUGUCGUUGACAUCUCGUGCAACACCACGCUUGCCAACGCCCCGAGCCACAAAAGCAGUAAGAAUGCCAUCGAGAUCAAGAAACUCACUGCGAAGCGCAAACUCCUGGAGGGCGAACGCACCGUGCGCCAGAGGGAGUCCGAAUUGCUCGAUGACGGCGCGCGCUCGCUCGUCAGCGACAAGGAGACGGGCCUUGACGUUUUCAUGGAGACAUGGGUCUCGCGGAAGCGCAGCGCUAUGAAGGCGAUCGUUGACUUGGACGAUCAGAUUGAAGCGCUUGAUCAGGAGAUUUGGCAGCUCAACAACAUCCACAAGGGCGAGACCGCAGGCGUCGUUACGGCUACCGUGCUCGCGAAGCACGAACGCAAGGUCGAAGUACAACUGACCUAUCUCGUCACAGGGGUCACCUGGCAGCCCUACUACGACCUCCACGCCAGCACCUCGGACGGCAAGCCGUCUUCGGACGUCACCCUUCACUAUUGCGCCAACAUCAUUCAGACCACUGGCGAGGAUUGGAGCAAUACCUCACUGACCCUCAGUACCGCGAACUCGCAUGCGCUGCGCAGCCUCUCCGUCCCCAGAGUUGACCCGCUCCGGUUUACGUUCGCAGGGGGGCGUCUCCUUGGAAGCUCGGGUAACAACAUCAACACCAAUGUCGCUCGUGGACCUUUCGGACAGCCCGUUGGUGGAGGCGGAGGUUUGUUCGGACAGCCCCAACAACAGCAGCAGUCAGCGUUUGGUCAAGCGUCGCUUUUCGGUCAGGGGCAGCAGCAACUGCCGCAGCCAGUGCAAACAGGAUUCGGAGCCUUCGGCCAAGCCGCCGUUCAGCCUCAAUCCCAGGGCACGAGUUUGACGAGUUUCUUAGCGCAAAAGCCUGCUCAACCUCAGCCUGGGAGUUUUCUCGGCCAACAACCCGCUCAAGCUGUAUCCACGGGUUUGUUCGGCAGGGUGUCGUCACCCGCACAAGGUGGCUUGUGGGGCAGCGCGCCUGCAAACCCUCAACCUGUCAUCGUCGUCCCUCCCAGUCAGGCAAAUACCGCACCAGGGCCGUUCAGCGUGCGUCCAGCGUCCGCGGCCCCCGCCAACGCCGACCCCGAAGAGGAGUUUGAGCAUGUCGGUGGCACACCGGGUUCGGAAGAGGACGAGGUAGGCCAAGGCGCAGUGCUCGACCGGAGCCCGCUGUCGCUCGCGUAUCGCGUGGAGGGCAAGGUGUCGCUGGCGAGCGACGGGAUCGCGCACAAGGUGUCGAUCGCCGUGCUGGAUUUCUCUGCGGUGCUGAAGUACGUGUGCGUGCCGCGGAAGACGAACGCGGCGUUCAUCGAGGGCCGGAUCAAGAACACGAGCGAGUUCGAGCUGCUUGCGGGGCCUGUCAGUGUGUUCAUGGACGAUAGCUUCGUCACGAAGACGUUGCUCGGCCUCAUCGGCGUGAGCGAGAGCUUCGUCUGCGUCCUCGGCAUCGACACCUCGCUGAAGGUCGCAUAUAACACCAAGGCGCGGACCGUGUACGAGCCGCGCCGCUCAUUCGCCGAGCCCUCCAAGACUCUGACGCGCACCGUCGUCACAACGAUCUCGAACGGCCACCCGUUCGACAUCGCGGACCUCGUCGUGCGCGACGCGGUCCCGAUCGGGAGCGACGAGGCGAAUAUCGCGGUCACACUCCGGAAGCCCGAGGGCCUCGCGCAGGCCAAGGACGGCGAAGACGUUGCCGUCAAGCUCUCAGGGGAGACGAAGGGCGCCACGGUCAGGUGGACGAAGGUUGAGAGCGGGGCGGGCGGCGAGAGGGACGGCUUGUAUGAGUGGCUGUGCGGCGUGAAGGCGGGGAAGAAGGUCCAGCUGGAGGCGGAGUGGGACGUCAAGGCGCCGAGCAGCGUGCGGUUGGAGGAGCAGCCGAAUAUCAGGUUCGGGACGGCCAAGUAGGUGUAUGGGACAGGACGAUCACGGACAUGCACAAGGAAUGGAUGGAACUGUAUAAAUACUUAUGGGGAAGUCUCGAGAGACUGUAAUAUACGAUACUGGGGUAUGCGUACUAGUAGGCGGAGAUCAGCACUGC